CUGAAAAAUGCCCAUCACAAGUUCAAGGACAUGUCUUCAAAUGUCUUCUUUAGUCAACAGUCCAAAACCAAAAGUUAUUCAAUUUGUACAAUGAUAUGAAACGGAGAAAAACAGCAAAUACCCACAUUUGAAAUCUGAUAAAUGACUUAAACUAUUAAUUGAUUAUUUUUGUUGUCAAUUUUCUUUCAGUCUGAUUGUCUCACCAUUUCUCCGAAUUCCCACUCUUAUCACACACACACUUCAUGUCAGCUCUGCUCUGCUGUGUUCCUCUCAGGUGCAGAGAAGCUGUAGAGAAGAAGAAGAGGGAGGAAGUGAUGUUCUCUCCUCAGCUCACUGUGACUGUGAGCUCAGUGAGAGUUUGAGGCCGGGACAAUCCACUGACCGUCCUAGAGCAAAAACACCCAAUUAGCUAAACUCCUGUCGUGCUCGGCCUGACACCUCGCUCUCCUCCAGCCGCUCCUCUCCAGUCACCAGUGCCAUGGCCUUCACCCUGUCAGAGAUCAUGGCAGUGAGGCGGCAGCAGUCACAGGCUCAGUCACACACCCAGCGAGGCAGCAGGACGGCGGUGGAGGUGGAUGAGUACAGCACCAACCCCACUCAGGCCUUCACCUUCUACAACAUCAAUCAGGGACGCUUCCAGCCGCCGCACGUGCACAUGGUGGACCCGAUGCCCCAUGAUGCGCCCAAGCCGCCGGGCUACACCCGCUUCGUGUGCAUCUCAGACACUCACUCCCGCACUGACGCCAUCCAGAUGCCGUACGGGGAUGUGUUCAUCCACGCUGGGGACUUCACCGAGCUGGGGCUGCCCUCUGAGGUCAAGAAGUUCAACGACUGGCUAGGCACCCUGCCCUACGACAUCAAGAUAGUAAUCGCCGGGAACCACGAGUUGACCUUUGACCAGGAGUUUAUGGCGGACCUGAUCAAGCAGGACUUCUACUACUUCCCUUCGGCCUCCAAGCUGAAGCCAGAAAAUUACGAGAACGUCCAGUCGCUGCUCACCAACUGCAUCUACCUGCAGGACUCCGAGGUCACUGUGAGGGGAUUCAGGAUCUACGGCUCCCCCUGGCAGCCCUGGUACUACGGCUGGGGUUUCAACCUGCCGCGGGGUCAGGCUCUGCUGGACAAGUGGAACCAGAUCCCUGACAACACAGACAUCCUGGUCACACACUGCCCCCCACUGGGGUUCCUGGACUGGGUCCCCAAGAAGAUGCAGCGUGUCGGCUGCAUGGAGCUGCUCAACACGGUCCAGAGGAGAGUCCAGCCCAAGUUACACGUGUUCGGACACAUUCAUGAAGGUUACGGCAUGAUGACCGACGGCACCACGACGUUCGUCAACGCCUCGGCCUGUACCGUUAACUUCCUGCCCAUGAACCCGCCCAUUGUCUUUGAUCUGCCCAACCCGCGGACCACAUGACUAGAGGAAGCACACCCCAAAUCCUCUACCACCAAUCAGGAGAAAGGAGCCAGAAAAGGUAGGUGAGGUUGGCGUGCAGAAUGGACCGAUUUGUGUAAAUAGUGGACGCGGCCAGUCUUUGAGCGUGUGCGAUAUGUAUUUGACGCAACACAUGCUGUGGAGCGGACUAACUGAGGGACGGACUCUCUCUCUGCUGGCUCUUCCCUGCUGUCUGUUAACUUUAUUUUAUGUGACAUCAUUUCUUCAUCCUAACGUUGAAUCUAAAAAGCAGACAAAUGGACAAGCGGAGCUUUUUCAUGCAGACAAAGAGACAUUUCUCUGUGUCCUCUUUUACUGCACUGACAAUCUGAUGUGGCUCUCAGAGAGACGAUAGACACCCUGACGUCCCCCCCGUUGGCCUUUUUCCCCUUCAUCACAAGGAAACAUUUGGACUGACGGUGACACAACCCGGCACCUUGUCUACAGGAGAGUUUUGGUCUAACUAGAACUCAACAGAACACUUGCCAGGGGGAUUUUCACAGAAUUUUUCCUCCCUACUCCUCCCCUCCCACUUUUAAACAUUAAUUUCACAUCUUUUCCUUCAUUUUUCCUUCUGUUUCUACCACCCUCUUUAUCUUCCUCCUGUUUCUCUCCCCUCCUCAGGCCCGGAGUAUGCUGGAGUGUGUUUUUUCACCAGUGUGUGUGUGUGUGUAUGUGAGAUCAAAGCGAGUGUGUGAGGGCAGCGAGAGGUCUCUACCGCGGGCUGUGUGAGAGUCAGGGUGUCAAACAUGUUGACACCGCUCCCCUGGGCCUCAUUACAGCCCUCAGUAAGCCUCUUAACCGUCCGAGGAGAGGACAGAGGAAACCGCACGCAGCACUUCCAGCUUCCCCCCCCCCUGCUCCUCCUGCCAUGUAGCAACCCCUUUCGUCUUUCUCCUUUCUUCCCUUCCUUUUUUUUUCUCUUCUUUCUCUCCAUCUCCAGCCUUCAUGCUGUGAAUUACUAGCUCAGCUUUUCAGCUACGACCGGGAGGUCGGGCUCUUUGGACUCGGAAAGGACAGCAGGUCACAAACAACAGUGACAAAAGGUGCUAUAUGCUAACGCGACUUCUGAACAGUAGCGGUUGCUUCAUGGAUACUCCCUGGUGAUUUCCGUGGGAGAGAUGGAACCUUUUAUGCUUUUGCAAGAAGCGCAAGGCUGUAACUACAUGUACUGUAACUGGUCUAUGUAAAUGUUCUCUGUCAAUGUAAAGAAAAGAAACUUGAAGUUUUUCUCAAAGAUUUCCAAGUUGUUGCUAUGCUUUUCAAAAAAAAAAAAGAAAAAAAAAGUGAAAUAUUUGUGUCCAGAAAUCUGUGGUUGUUACAUUUCAUUUGGUAAAAUUUUCUUGGUAAUGUAAAUGCUUAUUAUGGUAUUUUUCCUCUCUGUGAAGCUGAUCGGCCCCAUUUGGUGAUUAUUAACUCUUUCAUGUCUGUGAUUAACAAAAAAAAAAAAAAAGAGAUUUCAUUUUUUUCUUUGCUCUAUUUUCUGAAGACAGCCGUUCCCAUUAAGAGUCUGAAUGUGCUAAGCAUAACAAGACCACGUCACACUUUGAUCUCCCUGCUCUCCGACAUUAUGUAGUAACGUUCCCCAAGGCUGCAGUUUACUCCAGCUUCUUCAGCGCAUCAGCAUUUACUGUGCUGGCUGAUGUCUUAAUGUUUCUAAAUGGACAAAGGAGGAAAAGAGCAGCAGAAUCGCUCACCAAGAAACCCACGUCUGUGGACAACGGUGGGAGCUGCACAUUGACGUCUGAGUGUUCAUGCUAAUGCUAAUGCUAGAAUCUGAGUUUUAGGCCCUGAAUUUGAAGACAUGUUGGCUGAUCUUUAUUGCUUCAACAGGCAGGUUUAGAGUUAGGAUUAAGUUUAGAAUCAAGAUUAAGUUUAAGUGUGCAGAGUGUAGAGAUCAUACAGCAGGCACGGCAGCUUAUUGAAACACAGGUAAAAAGGACAAAACACAAUCAAAUAAAUGGUUAAUGGACUGUGAAAACAUCAGGGACAGCAAUGAGGAUAAGUCCAGGACUUUAUCAUUCUAUCCAUGACAAAAUCUAUUUUAUAAUAUUUCAGAGUGUCGUCAGUAAACUGAAAACCGAAAAUAGAGAAAAUUACCAAUUUGACAAUACACACAUUUGAUGCCUAAUUGGGAAAUUUGUUGAGUUGAGGAGGAAAGUAAACUUCAAAACAACAGACUCUGGAGCAACAUCAAGGUGUAAAAAAUAAAAAAGAUGAGCAUCAUAAACUAUGCAAUGAUGAACAUAACUACUAUAAAAGCAUCUGGCAUGACAAUCAAGAUUAGAGUAUAGGUCCCAUGUUAAUAGUGGGUGGACUCGACCUUCUAACAGGCGUGGUUGGGAUCGAUACCAUAGUUUGAAGUUUCAAAUCUUCAAUUUAGUUCAGGAAUUUCAGUUCAACUUUCUAAACUACCGCCUGGAUGAGUCAUGCAAUCAGAAUGAUAAAAAUGAAGUAAAUUCACUCGUUAGCUCACUUUUAAACAACCAGCGCAUCAGUAUUUUUGUCGAUUCCCCUCAAAACUUUACAUAUUUGCAGCCCUCCUCUAAAUGUGGUAUCUGUGUUGUCAAAUUGGUGAAUAGUAUAGUUUGUUAACCCGAUUCUAUGUAGCUCCGAAGAGUAGCUAUAAUGCAAGUGCAUGUGUACAUCAACAUGCAACUUCUUGGCACAGGUUUCACCAGGUAGCAAGCUGCUAGGAGAACCAGAUGGAAGCAUCAAUAAAGCCCGGAGACAAUAGUUGGUUUUUUUUAGAUAUGCAAAUUAAGUCGUUCAUUUCUAGAUUGAGAUUUUGUUGAGGCAAACGAGAACAGUCCCCAAACACAAACUACACCCACUGUAGCUGUUUAGUAUCAGUCAGAACUGCGGUGGCAUACAAAAUAAAAGUAUUCAAAUAGUGCUUGUGUGGCCAGCACAAACAAAAAAAGGCUGGUCAUCAAUAUAAUACAGGUGUUGAUAAAAAGUGAUAAAUGUAAAAAAAACAGUACUACGCUGCUCCAAAUUUGUUAUUUAACAGAACUCUCUAAUUUAUUUGGGUAUUUUUGCUAUUUUUGAUCACAGAUAAGCUACUGUCAAUUAAACUCAUCGCUUCCUGCUAAUGUUUCACAUUAAAAGCAUGCUAAGAACGGGAGGGAUUAUACCCUUCGUGCCGCUAGAAGGUGUUUGACAAUUUCUGGUUUGUUUUGGUUGAUCAGAGGAACAAGCGAUGGUUAAAAUGCUGGCACAAUAUAUCAUUAUGAUCCUCUUCAAAAGAGCCAAGAUUUUUUAGGCAGGAGGUGGUGAGGAAAAUUCAUAGUUUGAAUGUAGCCAAUGAAAGCUCCAUACUAGCACAAUGUGUGUGUGUGUGUGUCUGUAUGAGUGUAUUUAAUACAUUUUUAAAGGAAAGGGAGUUCUCAGCCUCGUCAUUUGAAACACAAACUUAAUUAGCGUCUCCGAAGAAAAAUGUUCUGAGAAAGGAAUAAAGGGAACUAUUAAAAGCCAAAAGAUGGGAGGAACUUUCAUCUCUUAAGUUUUAUGAAAAGCUGCGUGUUUGGUCUGACUCUCCAGUUCCAGUCCUCAUUUAGAUGU